AUGAUGUCUUCUGAAUUAUUGGCCAUCAUGUUGGGAGAAAAUCCAGAAAGAUAUAAUUGCACUGGAAAAUCCACAGAUGAAUGGUAUAAAACUGGUGAAAAAUCACCAAUUCUGGCCACUUAUUAUCUUGUAACUGGAAUCCUCUUCCAAAUAAUGGCAUUUCCUGUAUUAUUUGUAAUUUAUAAAUCAGAACUCUACAAAUUCUCGUGCUACAAAAUAAUGUUUUAUAUUGGAGUUGUUGAGUUCACCGAAAUCUGGGGUGUUUCGAUUUGGCCAGGAAUCAGUGCAUUGAUUGGAGCGGUUUAUUGCACUCAUCCAAGAAUCGAGACAAUUGUUGGAAAAUUGACAAUGAUUCAAUGGUUGUCGGGAACUUUGGCGUGUGUUUUGUUGGCAUUGAAUCGAUUGUUUGAUAUUAAUUUUGGAAAUGGGUUGAAUAGAAAAUGGAAUCAAAUGUUUGAUGUGAGUUUGAGAGGUUCAACAAAAUAUAGAUUUUUUUGGCAAAUUCUAAAGCGAUCUCGAGAAUUUUUGUGUUCGGAGAAAAAUGUUCUGAAAUUUCAACUACAGUACUGCUUUCUGAUUUAUGUAACCUUCUAAUUCGAUUUGCUUCUGACCGGUUCUGACAUUCUGAAAAUUGUUCCAAAUCAUUUAGUUCAAACCCAACUCUUUAAUACAGUGCAGCUCCAAGUUUUUCGAUCAAUCCGUUCAUCUUUCAAAGCUGAAAAUAGCGACUAGUACUGCACUUUUUCUGAUCUAUGUUUUUUUUAGUAGACUUCUGAUAUGAUUUCAUUUCAGAAUCUCAUAGGAGUUUCUAUGAACUCAAAACAACAAGUUCUAGUUCUUUCAUCUAGACUUGGUUUGAUGUUUGUUGCCCAAUCCCAACAGCAAAACUUCAAACAACCAGAGUACAUUUGGCUGUAGUUCCCAUAGGUGUUCCUCUAAUUGUUAUUGAUACACAAGUCCUAGAUUCUAAAAAUAAAUAUUCUAGAAACCUUGGAAAAUCUAUACAAUUCUCACAAUUAUAACAAUCUAUGGAAUCUAUGGUUCGAUAUUUUUCGAUACAGUUGUCUUCAACUCCGUUUAUAUGUCACCACUUCUAAAUCCAAUGAUUGGAAAUGAUUUCAAAUAUGAAAAUCAUUUUUUAUCAAUUCAUAAUAUCUCCAUUUGCAUUACUUUGUGUAUAAUUUAUUCGGUUUUAUGUUAUUGUCGAUUGAAAAAGAAUUUUUGGAGGGUUUCUUCACAUUUUCAGAGACAUGUAUGUGACUAAUUUGACUAAUUGUUAAAUAAUUUCAAAAAAUUCCAGAUUUUAAUGCAGUCUGUAAUGAUAUCUGUAAUAUAUUCUACUCCAGCCCUUAUGUUUGUUAUAAUUUAUUAUCUAGAGAACCCAUCUUAUUUACUCGUUCAAAUAAGUGAUAUAACUUAUCAAUUAACCGGUGGAUUACCAUGUAUAAUGUAUCUUGUUAUGAAUAGAAAAAUACGCACAAAAAUCAUCCAAAUUUUGCCAAAAGUUCCACGUUUAAAUCAAAGUCCAGUGGCGCCUUCAACAUCAAAUCACACAUCAAGUAGAAUUAGGUUUUGAGAGAAAAAAAGAUUGUAUUUUGAUAAACGUGUUUUUUUGCAAGCAAAUUUUUUGAAUGAACAACAGGUUUUGGCUAAUUUUUGAUAAUUUUUGCAUAUCAAUUUCAAAUCAUAUUUCUUGUUUGGAUUGAAAAAUGCUGUCGAAAUUGAAGAUGAAAAUUACGAAUAUUGGUGUGAGGAAAAAUGGUGGGUUUUUUUUUGAGAAAAAAAUAUUUUGGAAAAUCAAAGAUCAAGGAGUACUGUACUCAAUGUGACCUAAAGUAAAUACUUCGUUUGUUCUAUUUCUGUGAGAACAAGAUUUUCUUUGAUUAUCAGAGAACAAUUUUUGGAAUUAGUUAUUUAAAAAAAAUUUAAAACUGUAGAUCAAAUAAACCUGGGGACUUAUUUGGGAAGCUCGAGGUUUCUAGAGGUCUUAAGGCUAUUAAGAUUUUUCAGGCAACUUAGGAUUCAGGAGGCUGGCUUCCUAGGCUUCUGAAUGUUGUUCAGAGAACUUUUUCAGUAAGAUUUUCGCAUGAAUGUUUUCCACUGAUUUUCCAAAAAAAUGGAUAAAUUUCAGAACCUUGCAGUAAAUUUUGAGUCAGACCUGGUCCGAAUCAUCAACCUUUCCCUGUGACAAACACAAUUUUUCAAAAAAAUAUGGCACAGUUUUUUCUGAAAUUUCAGAUUCUCAAAACAAAAUCUAAAAAAAACCUCAACACAAAAAUUGUUAUCUUUGAUUUCAUUUUUCAGUUUUCAAUUUGUUAAUUGACCUAGCAGACCACAGUCUAUUAAAUAAAAUAAAAUACAUAAUAAUACAAACAUUCGACCUUUUUCACAUGUCUGUUCAUUUUUCACCAGCACUCAAAAAUACAUACUUUCGAUUCUUUUUUUUCUUCUUCUUCUUCUUCUAUAUUGUGCUCACUACUCAAUCCAUGUAUAUUUCUUUCUCGAGCCCUCUCUCCGUCUCUAUCCACAUUCAGACAGCCUUGGCCCGUCUGCGCGCGCCGCCACCAUUCUCUCUUUCUCUCUCGUCUCUUCAGUCGACCAUCAUAUUUUGUGUUUUUCUACAUCUCUCCGUCUAUUUUCUCUCGAUUCCGACAUACACAGUUUCGAUUUUGAUUUCUUGUCUUCGUCUUCUUCCCUUCGCUUUGUACAAUGAUUCGUUUUCAGCAUCGAAUGAUUGAUUUAUUUUUCCGUUUAUCCCACGAGUUUUUCUUACUUAAAAUUACAGUCUUCUCUCUACUGGUUUUUGAACUUGAUGAAAAUCGUAAUCAAAACUUCUUUUGUACUACAACUACUCUUUUCUUCCCUUCAAACCAGAUUUUCUAUUCACCUAUUCUCUUUUUCUCAUGUUAUUGUUGUUGUUCACAACCAAUUAGUAUCUGAUUUUUCGUUGAAAUACGCGCAACCCUUUUUCACUUUUUUUUCAACUAGCGAUGCUUUUCAGCUUCCAGAAAUUUUUGUAAUAAUAAUAAUACUAAUAAAUUAUUAUGAUCUUAUCGUACAAUUUUACAGUAAGAUUACAAAAUUUUUUGUAAAAAUAAAAAAAGAAGAAAAAAAAACAAUUUCAAAAUUCCCACGUGAAAGCACGUGCGCUCCACUGCUAAUCAUUUGAUUUUUUCUUUUCUUUUUCCCGCGGGCCAUUUUUCUUUUUCGUGCGCACAAAAUGUGCAAAAAGACCAUUGUCUACUCAUAAAACUUUUUUUUUCCUUUGCAUAUUGAUUAAUGCUCUUUGUGUUUUGAAAAGGUUUAAGCAUCUACGCAACACAUGUUAUCUACAAUUCACUUCUCAAUAAGUAUAUCUCGCUUGCACCCCGCCAAAAAUAUUGGUCGGCGCUUUUCCAAGGACACUUUUCGAUUCUAGGUUAUUUACAAGGGCGCAGUCUUUCUGUCCCUUUACUUCUUUUUUCAAGAAGGUCAUUUCUUCCGGAAUAUUUUUUUUCGUUCAACACUUUUUGUUCAUUACAUUAAAAAUGUUUAUCUUAUCUGAAUAACAAUAAGUUUACCUAUUUACUCAUUUACUUGUUUAUAUUUUGUUUCAAACAACAAAAAAACAGCUGUUACUGUGUUGUUAUUGACCCAAAUGUAUUUUUUCCAGAAAAUCGUAUAAAGAAGAAGAAAACAACUUGGGAUAAAAUCGCGGAUCCAAAAAUGAGUGGCGAAGUUGAAGCAGCACCAAUCGCUGCGCCACCUGCACAACAACAACAACAGCCACAACCAAAUGGUGAUGAUCUUGUGACAAGUGGAAGUGUUCAAUCAAUGAAUGCUAGAUCGGUUUCGCCGUGUCCAUCAGUUAGCCAUCAUCAGGAUCCGCUUUUACCGGUAGCUGAAAACUGGUGUCAUACACAGGUAUUUUAUUCUAUUUUCCUCUUCGUAAUUAAAAUUUCGAAAUAAUUGAUUUUUAGGUAAAAGUAAUCAAAUUCAAUUAUAUGUGGACAAUCAAUAAUUUUUCAUUUUGUCGUGAAGAAAUGGGAGAGGUUUUGAAAUCAUCAACAUUUUCCGCUGGAAGUAGUGAUAAACUAAAAUGGUGUUUACGGAUAAAUCCAAAGGGUCUCGAUGAAGAAUCGCGGGAUUAUCUAUCAUUAUAUCUUCUAUUGGUUCAAUGUAAUAAAUCCGAAGUUCGUGCAAAGUUCAAAUUUUCAAUACUAAAUGCAAAACGAGAAGAGACAAAAGCGAUGGAAUCUCAAAGAGCAUAUCGAUUUGUACAGGGAAAAGAUUGGGGAUUCAAAAAGUUUAUUCGACGAGAUUUUCUGCUAGAUGAGGGAAAUGGACUUUUGCCCGAUGAUCGUUUGAGUAUUUUUUGCGAAGUUUCGGUGGUCGCAGAGACUGUAAAUGUGACGGGACAGACGAAUGUUUCACAAUUAUUCAAAGUGCCAGCGGGUAGAUUAUCAGAAGAUUUGGCCGGGUUAUUUGAAAAACGGACAUGGUCCGAUUGUAAAUUGAUUUGUAAAAGUAGUCAAGGAAUGGCAUCACAAACUUUUCAUGUAGGUUCAAAUUGAGUUGUUUCUAGAUAUUAAUUCAAGUUUUUUUCAGGUACACAAAGCUAUUUUGGCCUCAAGAUCCAUCGUUUUCCACGCAAUGUUUGAACAUCAUAUGCGAGAAGCUGAACAAAAUGAAGUUGAAAUUAAUGACGUGGAACCGGAUGUAAUGAGAGAAUUAUUAACGUUUAUGUAUACUGAUAGCACACGAUGUUUGGAUCAAAUGAGCCAAAGUUUGAUUGCGGCUGCUGAUAAAUAUCAACUUGAUCGUUUGAAAGUUAUGUGCGAACAAUCGCUAUGUCAAGCUCUCACAGCAGAUAAUGCUUGUGUCACAUUAGUUUUAGCUGAUAUGUACAGUGCUGAUCAAUUGAGAUCUCAUGCUAUCAAUUUUAUCAAUGUUAAUGCUACAGAGGUUUGUUUUGUUUAAGUUUUUUUUAUUUUGAAGUAAAACUUAUACUGAAUUUUUGGUUCAAUUUUAUUCAAAAACUCAAGGGUACAAAACACACAUUCCAAGUUCAAAACCUGAAUUUACACGACGAAUUUGUUACUAAAAAAUUUGGCUCUGGAAAUUGACUUUCGGAAAAAAUUCAUUUUGUAGUUUUCAAAUUUGACAAUUUGAAUUGAAUUAUAAACGAGAUCAUCUUAUUUCCAAAGUUGCUUUGAAAACUGUAACCUGAUUUUUUUCCAGGUGAUGAAUACGGAAGGUUGGCAAGAUUUGGUGAAAACUCAUCCGAAUUUAUUGGAAGAAGUAUUUCGCGCUCUCGCCACACAACAAACUCCCCCAGUUGUUCUCGUUCAACCACCCAAAAAACGACCAAAACAUUGCCCAUAUUGA